GGGGGGAGGGGAAAAGAACGGGAGCGGGGAUAUGGGGACUGGAGCGAGGGGAUGCCCGUUUAUGAGACGGGAGAGUUAUGAGCUCGAAAGGCAAGAAGCGGGUGGUUCUGCCGAGCCGGCCUGAACCACCCAGCGUGGAACAGAUCCUUGAGGACGUCAGGAGCACCCAGCCAUCCGAUCCCAUGUUUGUCCUUCUAGCAGAGUCCAGUAAAGACUUGCCAGCCCCUAGGAAGAAGGAGGAGUCUGAAGUGAAGAGCGAGCGCCUGUACCAGCAGAGUCAUUCUUACGUAGAGAUGAACCAGCGGCUGCAGAAGGCCUGCAGUCUGCUGAAGGCGAAGUGUGAAGAGCUGAAGCAGGCGGGCGCGACUUUGGAACAGAAUAUCGUGGAAAUUAAGGAAAAGGCCUUGUGAGGUUG